CAAGGCAGCUUUUCACCGGAACACAUGCUGAGUGCUGGGGGAACUCAGCAGGUCGGGUGGCCUGAGGAAGGAAAUGAACCUUUUCGGGGCCGAGACCGCACUCUGUCCCGGCACGUUUAACGAUAGACCCAUUACCCACUCCAAUUCUCCUGGGUCCUCCCGGGACGGCACUUCGGUCCUCCCACCGAGCGGCGGCGCAGUGGCCGCCCGGCCCCGGGGCGGCGGGGUGGUGGUGGUGUGUGCGGAGCGGGAGGGAGAAUCCGAAGGUCGGGCCCCGGUCCCGGGGAGCGGAGCCGGGGGGAAGAGUCCGGCGGCCGGGCCCAGGCUCCGAGUGGUUGGUGAUUAGAGAAGCUGUCCUUGCACUCCUGCACUGGGAUGCUUCAGUCGUUUGUGUCCCAAGGCCCUUUGGCUUCCGGAUUGGCGUUGGCUUUAUAACUGGUCAGAGAUGGGACCCCAGAGGCUGGUGCCCCAAGAGAAGGACUGGGCCUUAGCGGCCACCAAUGUCCUGCUCUUCAUUGUGUCCUUGGUGGCAUUUCAACGUGCUCGUAAGGUGAACCUGGGCUCGGCCGCCGCCUUCCUCCUGCAGGUGUGUGCGGCGUUCCUGGGCACGGUCUGCUGCUGCACCGGGGACGUGGCAUCCGUCCUGUGCCAGAGCCAGCGAGAGGCGGCCUGGGCCUCCACUGUCCUCGGCCCAGCCCUGUUCGCCUUCGCCUUCCACUGGACCCACCGCGACCGGCUGGCUGCCAACUCGGUGCUGACCGGCGCUCUCCUGGCCGCCGCCUGCUCAGACCCGCUGGCCAGAGGCGGCCAGAGUCCGGCCGUCCGAGCCGCCGUGGCCGCGGCUCUGCUCUCCGUCCUCACCGGCAGUCUCUUCACCGUCAACGGCUGGGGGGUGGCCGGCAGUGUGCUCGGCCUGCUGUCGGGCGAGCUCCCUCCCGCCGGGCCGCUGUGCCUCGGGAGCCCCUGUGUGCAGAACCUGCUGCUGGUGGCCAGCACUGUGGCACUGCAGCGGGCACUGGGGGCACAGGACAGCGCUGAGCUGCUGUGACCUGCUCAUCACUCAGGUGCAUGUUUGGGGGGGCUUCAGUCACAUGGCAGUGAGCACGACGCUGUUACACCUCCGGGAAUCCCAACGUUCGGGGUACAUCUCCGGCCUCCCCCCUGAGGAGUCUGCGUGUCCUUCCCGUGUGCACGCGGGCUUGCUCCCACAGUUCGGUCAGUGUGCCAGUUCACUGUAAAUGGUCCUGUGGGUAAGCUGUCGUUAAACGGAUGGCAGGCAUUCGCCUGCUCCAUGCUGCAUUUCUAAAUAAAUUAA